AUGAUGUCGACUUCUGGAGAAGCUCUUGCCUCUAUUAAAUUGGAGGAAACUCAAAAAAAAAUUGAAAGUGACCAUCCAUAUAUGAACUUCAUAAGUUUCAUAGCGCAAAACUGUCGCCAUGAUCUAUUAAUGAUGGCAUCUGUUUGUGCGCUUUCACUUUUUAAAAUUAAAAGAAACUCGGAAUGUCUAGAAGUUGGCCCCGUUGAAAAAAUCGAAACUGGACUUCUUGACUUUUGUCUCUGGAAUGAGAUUCAGCAAAUUUUUAUUGGAUGGAGAUCAAGUGGCAUUAUGGAAAUCUUUAAAGCCAACCAUCAAAACGGAAUGUUGAGAUUUUCAAAAAGAAUGGAAUGGCCCCAAGGAAUUCUGACGAUGAAGUGGAGUCCGAACCAAGAAGUUAUAGCCUUAUCAACGAAAACGGGCAUGAUUUUUGGAGAAUUUAAUGAUUGGAAGUGGGAGACUUUUGCGCAUAAAUUUCUUGAUGAGCAAACGAAAUUUAUAUGGGCGUGGGGAUCCACACUUUUGAGCUCAGUCGCAAUGAAACUUGGAUACCAACAACGUCACGUGUGGUUUUAA